AUGGCCAUGCGCCUGGGGCUGGUUGUUCUGGCCUUGGCUGCCUUCCUUGUUGUGGAAAGGGAUACGACUGUAUCAGCAGAAAAGCUUGUUUUCUCGAGAAUGCCCAUCUGUGAGCACAUGACAGAGUCUCCAGAAUGUGUCCCAUCAUCCAGCUUUGUCUGUGGCACUAACGGGGUCACGUAUGACAGUGAAUGCCACCUCUGCUUGGCCCGGAUGAAAACCAAACAGGACAUCCAGAUUGUGAAGGAUGGCAAAUGCUGA